AUGACAACAGGGAUGGGCUGGUUAGUUGAUGGAAUUUCUGAAUCGUUAACAGCCAGUUGUUAUAGUCUUUCCAAAAGCCGUACGGGUCAAAUCUUUAGAUUAGCGUUUAUGAUUCUGACUUUCACUUAUUUCCAACUUUCUCAAAACUCUCAAUAUCAAAGGUAUUUCAUGUUAGCAGGAAUUUCCAGACCCGCUAGUACUCGCGAAGUUCAACGUGGAGCACGUUCAGACUUAAAGUUUGGUCAACAGCCCAUAUCGGAUCCCAAUCCUUCACCCCCACUAGCACAACAAGGUCUUUAUCAUCUUAGUACAAUUUUCAAUCCAUUUCUAACACUAUUGGAGCCUUCAGCUUCCCUGAAACCAAAUAUUGUGAUCGAAGGAUACGAAAACUGA